AUGAGAAAGCGUUGCGUCAAGACUAAUGCCAUACUCCCAGCGCUCAUCGACCAGUGGGCGGACCCAACCUACAUUCGUCGACUGCUACAAGAACUGCUCUACAACAGCCUUUCCAUCGCCCCCUUACCACCAGUUGCAAAGGGUCCUAUAAGGCGACUCCGUUCCGCUAAAGCUGUCUACCGCUGCCUUAUGUGGGCGAAGAAGUAA